AUGACAGACAGUAUUCCCCAGCUGGCCACGUCAAGCUGGGUCUCGGACCAGGAAAGCGAGCACAUUCUUACCUUCUUCCUCUUUAACGAUGCGUGGAGACUCGCACGCGACCUCUGCACGGCCUUGUUCACCAGCAUCGACUCGUCUCUCACGGAUACAUUCAUCUACCAAGAUCAGUUUUUGAACUGUGCUACGACAACUAUUGGCAAUCACUGCGUUACUAUCCGCUUUGUGUCUUUUCUUAGUCCCCAAGAGGCACAACUCCAUUCAAGCACCAUUCAGGCUCUAGAAGAGGAGUCAACUUCUUGCAUACUUCUCACAGCGAUAAACUGCUCUAUGUAUGCGGCAUCUUGCACAGAAGCAUAUGCCGCUGAGCAGGUUAUUGCUAGCCUCUUCCAGGGGCGCUGCAAUAACCAAUCGAUCAAUAUACAGAACCUUCUACUUAAACUGAUGAACGACCAAGCCACAAAAACUUAUUCUGGUGCCAUGCGCGUUGAUCGAUUGCCAUCAGCCGUCGCCCAUGGCAGAACUUGGCCACUAUUCCAUCUUCUCAUUAACACCAGUGGCAUCCCCCUACUUCCACAGAGCAUGGAUAGUAUUGCACCGCCCUGCGCAGCACUUAUUCCCCUAUAUUAUCUGUCCUCGUUCUAUCCAUCGACUGUAAUGUCCCUGCAGAGAGAUCAGCCAGCAAAGUCUGUAGAUUCAGCAACUCGUCUAUCUCAGGCUACACAAGCCACGCAGACAAGUACGUUACAUGACCAGCAGGCAAAUAUAUCGGAAGCCCUUUUCCUGUUGGCUAGCAAGACAAGUGACUCCCUUUCUAACUUUAAAGACCUUGCCUCUCGGCUCUCCGACGUGCCAUGCCGCUUGUAUUCACCAGUAACCAUCCUUGUGAUAUACUCCAUUCUCUUGAGUUUUGGAGGAAAGCUUGCGCACCCUGUUUCUGAAGCUGAUCUUUUAGAUGACCUACGCGGGUUUAUGGCAUUCCUUUUCUCUCUUACUUCCUUUAAAAUAACUACAUUUCUUCUGCCUGCUGGCUGGAACACGCUAUCUGCUGUUGAGGAUACUAUCUGCAAUCUUUUUUCCUACAAGGGUCUUCCAGAGGGCGUGCUUCCUACUGCCCAAUUUUACUCCCUCAUAGCUCAACCGUCCAUUGAAGAUUGGCAGCCUGCGUCGUCUUCUGAGCACAUAUUUACUCCUCCGCCGCAUUCAGCGAUGCUCAACCCUGUGGCUACAGAAUAUAUCAAGCGUACAGAGCUAGCGGCCCUUCUAUCACCGAUCACUCACUAUUCGCGAUCCGAUUCUAAUUACUCUGCUGAUGCGGCCACAGACGUUAGCGGAUCUAUACAUAGAAGACACGACCUUCGGCAAGAACCAGCCCCUAUCAGUUCGACUUUCGCAUUGUCCACUGUUGUGACCAGUGUGGUGGAUGAACCUCUUGACGUCCCUGAUUGCUCUAUCCAGAAGGAAGCCGGGCGCCGAGGUAAAUCAAUAGUACUGGUUGAAGAGAGUGAUGCUGGUCUGCACGAGCUCCAACAGGGCUCUUUAGCAACGCCUGAGUUCUACCAAGGGGUUUCUAGUAGCAGGAUGGAUAUGCAAAAUAAAAACCCUGUCCUCUUUCCCCUAUAG